AUGAAGAAGUAUAUGGAUAAAGUUGAGAAGGACCCCAUUAUCAACAAUGCUUCGACUAUUGCAACUCUUCCACAUGAUUUGGCACAACUUGAGAACCAGAUUCCCUUCCCUAUUCUACAGAUUCUUUUUGACAUUAUAAAAAAGAAUAUGCCGCAACCAUUACCAUACUCAUUUACGACAAGGAAUAGCAUGGUCAAUUUAGCAUUACUCUUUUUGAAAUCGGCUUUGGGUUUGACUAUGAGCAACAAAGCAGUUGAAAGAAAAUCCGAGAACUUAACUAGUGACCAUUUACUUGAUAUCUUGCACAAUUUUUACAUCCCCCCAACAUUUGACAGAAGCCAGCAUGGCAGGCAAAGAAGUGAAUCCAGAAAGUGUGCUGGUGCUGCACGACUUUUGAAGGCAGGAAUUCGACUUCAUGUUGACACUAGUUCGGAAAAUUUACUAGACAUAAAGUUCAAAGAAGGAGUUGUUACAAUGCCACCAUUACACAUACAGGAAUCUAUUACAAAAUCAAUCUUUCGAAAUCUGAUUGCUUUUGAGCAGUGCAACAUUGGCACCUCACAUUACAUUGCACCAUAUGCAUUGCUUAUGAACGUCUCCUCAGUUCCUCGCGUGAUGUAG